AAGCAAUAAAAACUUGUUACUUAAUCCUAGGCAACAUUCUCUCUAUAUUAGUGGAUGAGCGUCAAUUCUAACAAACUAACGAAUGACAAAGUUAGUAACUUGAUUAUUCAUUUAUUAUUCACUGGAUCAGUUUCUUCAUCUCCUAGUUUAUUCAUCAGAUUGCCCAUUAAUCCAUAAACACUUACUUGUAACUCUAGCAUUUCGGGGAAAUUAAACCUGCUAGAGUUUCUGCUGCCAUAACAAUGGAUUCAAUCAGUAUUCCAGAAGUCACUCUAAAUUCUGGCGACCUGAAAAUGCCGAUGCUGGGUUUGGGCACAGCAGCUGACCCGUUUUCAGGAUCAGAAAGUACUAAACUGGCAAUUCUUGAAGCCAUAAAACUUGGUUAUAGACACUUUGAUACGGCUUCUCUGUAUCAAACAGAGCAGCCACUUGGUGAUGCAAUAGCCGAGGCACUCUCUCUUGGCAUAAUUAAUUCUCGAGAUGAGCUGUUUAUUUCAUCCAAGCUAUGGUGUAGCGAUGCUCAUCAUGAUCUUGUUGUUCCCGCGCUUCAGAAGAGUUUGCUUAAUCUUCAGUUGGAGUACCUUGAUCUGUAUGUGAUACAUUGGCCUGUGAGUUCAAAACCAGGAAGCUAUGAGUUCCCCAUAAAGAAGGAAGACUUUAUGCCCAUGGAUUUCAAAUCUGUAUGGGAAGCCAUGGAAGAAUGCCACAACCUUGGCCUUACAAAGUCCAUUGGAGUCAGCAAUUUCUCAUGUGAAAAGCUCAAUGAAAUCCUUGCCACAGCAAAGAUCCCUCCGGCUGUAAACCAAGUGGAGAUGAACCCACUUUGGCAACAAAACAAGUUGAGAGAAUUCUGCAAGGAGCAUGGAGUUCUCGUGACAGCUUAUGCAGCUCUAGGAGCCAGAGGAACAAUUUGGGGCAGCAACAGAGUUAUGGAAUGUGAAGUGCUGAAAGCAAUAGCGGAGGCCAAAGGAAAGACAGUUGCUCAGGUAUGUUUACGGUGGGAAUUCGAACAAGGAGUGACAGUGGUGGUAAAAAGUUUCAACAAGGACAGGAUGAAAGAGAACCUUGAGAUAUUCAACUGGGAAUUAUGUGAAGAAGAGACGAAGCAAAUCAGUGAAAUCCCACAAAGCAGAGGAUGCCUUGGAGAGGAAUACAUCUCUCCAAAUGGACCUAUCAAGACCAUUGAGGAACUCUGGGAUGGUGAAAUUUGAUUUCAGCAAUUAAUCAUAGAUAUACAAGUUCUUUCUCUGUAAUGAUAUACUGUAAUUUUAUCAAUAUGAAAGAGAGUGCAAGCGGAGACGAGAAACUUGGUUCCA